UUCCAGAAGACAACAGGUGGAGAGAAGGUAAAGUCGCUGUACUUGCGGCUGGCAGGAGUGGCCCCUCGGAGCCGCCAGGCUUCAGUAGAUCAGAGAAGCGCCUUCCCUUUCUCCUCAAGAAAGGCUCACUGCAAUCACCAAACUGGUAACAGGGAGUCUGACCAAAGGAGGGCGCAGCCAAGGUGAGGUGAGCUCCUGACUCACUUUUGUAGCAGGAUGUAUGUGGGGGUGGCGCACAGCGAGGUGAACCCCAACACAAGGGUAAUGAACAGCCGAGGCAUCUGGCUAGCCUACGUCAUCCUGGUAGGGCUUCUGCAUGUGGUUCUACUCAGCAUCCCUUUCUUCAGCAUCCCAGUUGUCUGGACCUUGACCAACGUCAUCCAUAACCUGGCUAUGUAUGUUUUUCUGCACACUGUGAAGGGAACACCCUUUGAGACCCCAGACCAAGGCAAGGCCCGUCUCCUUACUCACUGGGAGCAGAUGGACUAUGGGCUCCAGUUCACCUCCUCUAGAAAGUUCCUCAGCAUUUCUCCUAUUGUGCUCUACCUCCUGACCAGCUUCUACACCAAAUAUGAUGCUGCUCACUUUAUCAUCAAUACAGCCUCUCUACUAAGUGUCCUACUGCCUAAGUUACCCCAGUUCCAUGGUGUCCGUCUCUUUGGUAUCAAUAAGUACUAAGAUCUUGCCAUGAUCAUUUAGGUGUAGGCAAAGGAAGGAAAAGGGCAAAGGAUUGGCCUAUCUUCCCUUUAGCUGCUGAAGACCUGAGGAUCAACUGACUUUUUUUUUUUUUUUUUUUAAACCAACCCCAGGGAUAUGAAUUGGGGUAUGGUGGUAGAGGAGGGAGAGAUGACAAGUCCCCUGCACAAGGGCAGGUUCCUUAGAAUCAAGAAAGGUGGAUAGGAGCAGAGCCUACUGUCCUUUCUGGUGCUAAAGUUUUUCUUCUUCAACUAUCUUUGCUAUGUAUUUCUUUGUAAUAAAAACAUUUUUCAAGUAUAAAUCUAAGAGUAGUCAGCACUUGUAGAAGUUGAGGAAAGGGGAAAAGACCACAUUCAUCUUAACCUUCAAUUUAAAAUAAACCUUUUUCUGAUUGUC